GGGGGGGGAUCCCAGGGGAGCUCGAAGAGGCGGGAGGUUCGCUCCCAUUUAGUGACCAGCCAAAGGAUUUGCAAGAUGAAAGAUCUUUUAAUAUGAGAUGAGAUCAGCACAUCUAGAUCACUAUGGCGACUGGACAGAAGUUGAUGAAAGCUAUCAGAGUUUUUGAAUUUGGUGGACCAGAAGUGCUAAAACUCCAUUCAGAUGUUGCAGUACCAUUUCCAAAAGGCAAUCAGGUUCUAAUAAAAGUACAUGCUUGUGGUAUUAAUCCAGUGGAGACAUAUAUUCGUUCUGGAACCUAUAGUAGAAAACCACUCUUACCCUAUACUCCUGGUACAGAUGUAGCUGGGAUAAUAGAAGCUAUUGGAGAUAAUGUGUCUACUUUCAAGAAAGGUGACAGAGUUUUUACUACCAGCACGAUCACUGGUGGCUAUGCUGAGUAUGCUCUUGCUUCAGACCAUACUGUUUAUGCACUACCAGAGAAACUGAGCUUUCAACAAGGAGCAGCCAUUGGUAUCCCAUAUUUUACUGCUUAUCGAGCUCUGCUUCACAGUGCCCAUGUAAAAGCUGGAGACAGUGUUCUGGUUCAUGGAGCUAGUGGAGGAGUUGGACUAGCUGCAUGCCAAAUUGCUAGAGCUUAUGGCUUAAGGGUUUUGGGCACUGCUGGUACUGAGGAAGGACAAAACAUCGUUUUGCAAAAUGGAGCCCAUGAAGUGUUUAAUCACAGAGAAGUUAAUUAUAUUGAUGCAAUUAAGAAAUCUGUUGGUGAGAAAGGAAUUGAUGUCAUUAUUGAAAUGUUAGCUAAUGUAAAUCUUAAUAAGGAUUUGAGUCUUCUGUCAUAUGGAGGACGAGUAAUAAUUGUUGGCAACAGAGGUUCUAUUGAAAUAAACCCUCGGGACACCAUGGCAAAAGAAUCUAGUAUAAUUGGAGUUGCUCUCUACUCCUCAACCAAGGAGGAAUUUAAGCAAUAUGCAGCAGCCCUUCAAGCUGGAAUGGAAAUUGGUUGGUUGAGACCUGUAAUAAGUGCUCAGUAUCCACUGGAUAAAGUGGCCCAGGCUCAUGAAGAUAUCAUUCACAGCAGUGGGGCCACUGGAAAAAUGAUUCUUCUCUUAGUGUGAAUAACAUUUCCAUGUAUUUCCAUAAAUUAGAGAUUUCUUAGCCUAACUUUACUCACACUAUGUUUUAAUAGUAUCCAUUUGAUUAAUUGAAUUUUUAUAUUAAAAGCAAAAUAUGCCCUUGAGAGAAUAGGCAUUGGAAUAUAAUUUAGUUUAGAGCUUGCAAUAUUUUUUAUGUCUUUUGAUUGGAGUUAAGGGGUCAUGAUAGUAGAAGAUAGCAUAUUAGUAAGCUUUUGGCACAGAGGUGCAUCACAGAAAUGGGUCCUAACUGAUAGGUGAUCACAUUAGUUUUAUCCCCUUGACUAAAACAUGUUAAUUCAAAACAAUGUCACUUGUUUUACAGCUUCUUAUCAGUUGUUUUAUCUUAUUAAUAAAUAAAUAUGUUGAAUUUUCAAGGUUUUCUGGGCAAAAUGGAUUUGUUUUCCUAACUAAUUUUAUGUGAGUCUACAAAAUCUUUUAGAAGAGCAAGAAUAAACAACUGUACAAAGAAAUUUUAGAUUUUCAAAAUUUCUCAUAUAUUAGAACAUUUUACUAUGUUAAUAGUUUAAUAACAAUGAUUAGUGAAGACAUUAAUUUUAUAAGUGAUAUAAUUGGCUUCUGGGUACAUAUUUUCUAAAUGGAUAUUUAACAGUUUGUGCAUAAUAAACCAUUUGCUAUUUUAAGAAUGAUGUUUUUGUUUGUCAACCUGUAGUAACCUGUAUUCAGUUCCACAGGAUAUUAAACAUUGUUUAUCUGG